AUGAAGCUCGGGUUUCUUGACCUACCGCCGGAGAUAAGGACGGUUGUCUACAGGCAUUUGCUCGUGAGGCACAAGCGCAUCUUAUGGCCACAGAAAGUAAUCGGAGCAUGGCUUCUGCUAGAGACCAUAGUUCCAAAAUGGUGUUGGGGUCCAUUGCACCGCGGGCACGAUUAUGACCUCCAAUCCGCUAUUCUGGCAACCUGCAAGACAAUUUAUCAAGAAGCACUUCCCGUACUUUACGGCGAGAACGUGUUCGGCCUCUUUGAAGAUUGGAUCUAUGACUCCUACCGCCUCGAGGAUACGCUGAAGGACCCGCUGGGAUCAAAUUUCUCCCUACUUAAGAAUGUCUACAUAGAACUCGACAGACUCGAGGAGUAUCCUCGUCCUGGUUUUCACAGUCUCUUGACUCUUCUGUCAGAUAAUCACGCACAACUUGACUCUUUGACCAUAGAUGUUGAGGAAGGUCUUUACGCUCCGGGCGAGAGUGUCCGCGAUUCUCUAAGAGAUAUAGUUCGACAGCAAAUAACCAAGCGUCUACAACUCAGAGUCGACAAGUUGAAACACGAUCAGCCACGUUGGCAACUCACUUCGAAAAAACGCUGGCAUUACUUUCUUCAAAUGGAAUAUGAGGUGGAACCUAUUCUGAAUGGAUGGACAAGCGGCGAAGGAGAUUUUGUUGAAUGGUCACACGUAUUCUAUGAGAUUGCGACUCAACCUGACGGGCCGAAAAGGAAGUAUAGGGCGUUCUGA